CGACCCCUUUCCUGCGUGGGCCGUGGCCCCGGCCCGAGCCUCUGUCCCGGCGUUGCGGGAAUUGGAGCGGUGGGGUCGGGGCGAUGGCGGAACCGGGUGCGCGCACCGUAGGCCCGGGGCGGCCGCUCUUGGCCCUGCACGCUUGUCACCGAGCCCAUCCGUGAGGUCACUCUGCCGCCACAUCCCACCUUUCCCUGCCCACACGCCGGUUGCUUUCACGCUGAGUCUAUGGCUUCCCGCCAGAAGCGAGCGGCAGUGAUGCGGGCGCGUUGCUUGGUGUUGGCUCGGGUGCGCGGCAUGGGCAGCUCUUCUGAUCCCUUCUGGAGCCAGGGGGCAGAAAGGCAGUGGAUGCAUGGGCCGUCAUCCCUCGCGGGUUGGGAGUCCUACGCACAAACUCACUCUCCUAAAAUGCUACGGAAGUUUUUAGAAAUAAACACAAAAAAAGACCCCCACUAAUUACCCAAGGGGAAACAUGCCUCCAGAUGCCCAUAUUGGAGUUUUCUUUUGGGGUCAGCCAUAUUGGUCUGGGGCUAUAUGAUACACAGGGGGGUCACCCCCUCCUGUGCUCCACUUGGCUUGAAAAAGGAUACUGUGUUACCCAAAAGCUUGCUAGAAACCAGCCCACCUCCAAGGUGGUCUAAUAAAAGAUAACAGCUGGAACCAAAAGACUAUCCUGAUACCUGCAGGCAGACAAGAUUCCUUAGGUAAAUUUGGUAUCUUAUCAGACCAACUUAAAUACUGGAUACACUUGUUGCAGGGCUGUUGGUUGUAGCCAUGUUGGUCGAAGGACAUAGGCAAGGUUCUUUGGGUAAAUGUGAUAUCUUUUAUUAGACCAGCUAAAUGGGAGGGAAAAGGUCUUGGCAAGCUUUUGGGCACAAACCAGGCAUUGGGAGACUGCUGCUGCUGCUGCUAUUAGUGUUGCUAAGUCUCCCAAGGAAAAAGAAGCAGGACUGCCUUUAACAUCAAGCCCGACCCAUUUCAAAGAGAGGGGAGUGGGGGUGCUUGUAUAAAUUCCAUAUUUUUUCAGUAGUUCUAGUUUUGCUGCAUAUAAUAUUAAGUUACACAUUUAGCAGCACUGGCAAGCAGCAGCAGUGCCAACCUCUUCCUGGAGGGGAGGUUGUGAUAGUGUAUCCCCCCCCCCCUCCAGUUCCUUCCUAGCACCACCCCUGGUAGGGUAUGUAGGCAGCAGAUCGCGGCUCUGGAUCACGCUAACACUGCUUCAAGGAGCCGGGGCAGAGCCAUGAUCCGCUGCCUGCACACCCUUGCUUGGGGCAUGCAGGCUGCAGAUCAUGGCUCUGCCUCGCUUCCAGACCAUGGUGUCACUGCCACAAGAUCCCAGCCCAGCUGCAGAGCAGCUCCGGGCCCUGCCGCAUGCCCUGCCAGGGCUGUUGGGGCUGGUCUCCAUGGAAACCCUGGCCACAUGCUAUCUAAGUGUGGCUGUUGCUGGGGUCUGCAUGGAAAGUGGCCCCAGCCACACUGGCAGGAGCUACUGGGAAACACUGGCUGGAUCCACCACUUUACCCACUCCUGAACUAUAACUAACCAAAAUAAGUGACCUCCAAAUAAAACACACCCAAAAAAACCGCAAACCAACUCAAAAAAUUUAAAGCAACUUUAAAAAAAAAAAAAAAGCUGAAUUCUGCUUAUUAUACACUGGCAACCUUGGCUGUUAUAUUUGUUCUCCAAGGUUGAAAAGAAGCUAAAUGAUAAGUCUGUGAAAAUGCAAAUAAAUGGAAGUUUGGAAGACAACAGGUAGAGAUAGGAGGGGGGAAGCAAGGGAAAUGUGUGCAGGAAUGCAAGUGGUCAGCUAGAGGCAGGUUACCUGAGGUAUCAGAUGUCAGGCAGGUACCCAGCUGUUUGUAGGUGAGAGUACAGGAAGUGUUAUGUCAGACAAAGCCAGUGGUGCAUCUUAUCUGUACUCUGGAAAUUGCUGGUACCAAAUGCCUGAAAGGAAAAUUAAAUACAUAUGUAAUUGGUCCAAGAAAAGCUAUCACCCUAAGAAAUCCUAGCCUUUGGAAAGAAUAAUGGAACAUCUGGAAUUAAUACAGGUUGCAAUGAGUGCAGCAGCAGUGCUGCUGGUUGAGAAUAAGUGGAUCUUGGGUCACUGGGAGCCUUCUGUAAAAGCAAGCCACUAAUUCUGGUGGCAAAAUGUGUACAUGAGUCAGUUCUUAGUAUCUACGUGCUGAAAAUUUUGUUUCCAGUUAUGUUUCAGUUUUUAAUAGAAUGUGAAAGUUACAUGUCCUAUAUCAAAAUAAACGUGUAUUAUAUUAAGGGUAGAUCAUUGCACUAAAUUAGGCUUCAGCACUCCACUGUGAUAUGUAUUUAGUUUUAUAUAAUUUAUUUUUAACCAAGGAAACUAAGUGCAAAAUAUGUUGGUUGUGGUCUUAAAUUCGCAAAAGUAAGGUCCCAGAGUAAUGACACUCCCAUCACAGAGCUGUGAUUGCUCUAGUAAAAUAUUAAAAUUACUGCCAUGUGACAUUUAUGCAAAUUACGUUGUACAGAGUACAAGGGGUAAGAUUUAAGAUUGGUUCCAAAGAACAUAGCCUGUAAUAAUCCUGAUUUAUGACUUGGAAAUUUCUGCCAUCAUGUCGUAUGGGCAUGGAUUUUUUUGUUAUAACGAUACACAAAUUUUGUAGUACUACAUGCAUAUAAUAUAGUUAAUGCUGCAUUUUUCCUUCAACAGGAAGGCCAGCCACGUUUUUUAAUAAAAUCUUGCAACAUCUGCCUGUAUUAGCAGUUCAGAAUCAUCUAUUACAAAAACCAUUGCUAUUACCAGUGGUUCCUUUCUUACUGGUAAGGAGCCAUGAUUGUAAGAAGACAAGGCUGAUUCUAUUUUUCUGGACGCUUGCAACACAGCAGUGACAAUGCGUAGAUCAUUUAGCCAAAUGUUAAAUGCUGUCUGGGAAGACAAAGAAAAUAUAAGCGAACUUAAUGAAGAAGAUGGAGAGGCCUGUUCCAUGGCUGUUUCAAAUCAAGAGAAGAUUGGUACAGUGGAUGUAUCAAAAGCCACAAAACUUUCUGAAAUGCAAAAUGUAAGCACCAAGAGUCAGAAGAAGUUUGUGCAGAAAGCCAGUAUGAUAAGUGACACAUAUGUACUAAGAGAAUCAGACCAGAGGAGCAACAAUAAUAGCUAUCAACUUAUUGGAAAUCUUUCUGAUUCACUAAAAGGAAAUCAGUCUGUUGAACCCACCAUUCCCUGCAUGACACUGAGCAAAUGGGAUAGUCCUUCAAAAAGUGGACCUACCUCUGUGGGUAAUGCAAACUAUCUGACACUUACCGAAGUAAAUACUAUUUCUGGACCAUCAGAAAAACGAACGCAAAAACCUGUUGAUUUUGCGACUGUAACAGUAGCUGACUUCAACAUUACUCCUGAGUCUUUUACUAAACAAUCUACAGGGCAAGCCAAAUCUUCAUUAAAAUUCAGGCGUCGGUCUACCAUUGGAGUACGGGGUUCCCCUGAAAAUAAUACCCUUAUUCGAUACCUUGCUGAGCAAAAGAGAAACAGACAAGAAGAUCAUCUUAAGCAGCAGGGCAGCCCUUUUGAUCGUCAGCAUGUUGGCUCUUUAAAGGACAGAAUACAUACUUUCCAAUCAGCUUUUCAAUCCGUGCAAGAAGAUGAAGGGAAAGAUUGCUUAUCUGGGCUCUUGCAGGAGGAGAGAGAGUCCCAGACAGUGUGCCACUCUCAGGACAAAUCGCCUUUUCUGAAACGGAAUGAAUGGGCUCAAUUGAAUGGAGAGUUAACAUCUGAGUGCAAGAAAAUUGCUUACAAGGAAAGUUUGAAACAAGAUUUAUGUAAUAGUGAUAAAACUUUUCUUGGUAUCCAGAGAUGCAGUAUUGUCUCUCCACCCGUAGAAGCAUCUGUCACUGUAACUACUGCUACUAUAUCUACGGAAACUGCUUAUGCACCACCAAAUAUUACUGAAUCUGCAUGUUUAUCGUUGAAAGCUAUUCCAUCCGGAAACAUCUUAAAGAUAGUGCAAGAGGACUUCAGUUCUGGGGGUAGCAGUGAAAAUUUUAGAAGCAAUACUACAUUGCAGCUAAGAGGGAAGAGAGUUAAAUUUGCAGAAGAAUUGAGCCUGCAGAUAUUUGAUAAAACAAUGUCACCAGUUACACCUCUGCAAAAGGGCAACAUAUCAACAAUUGAGCAGUCACAAAGUGGCUCCAGCCUUCGGUCGGUCCUGAAGAAAACACCAAUAAAGCACCUGAUGGAAAGUGUGAAGGAGAACUUAAGCAGCUGUACAGGUGAGAAGGGAACUGUGUCUCCCUUAGCAUCCAGUCCCUCAACAAGCUGUGAAGCAUUGCAGACAGACCAAACUGAGCUGGACAGCUCUGAAAAGCCAGCAAAGAGGAAGAAGGUCACUUUUGGGAGAGAUUUAAGCCCAGAAAUAUUUGAUGAAACCUUACCAGCAAAUACUCCAUUGCGAAGAGGGGCAAUGCCAGCCAGCCAGUUGGGAUCGCAGAGCAGUAGUCCUCCUAGAGCAGUGGGUACUAUCAAAGAACCACUAUCCCAACCAAAUUUUGAUGAUUCUGAUGAUGAAUAUGUUAAGCCUCCUCAAGAGCUGAUAAAGAAUUUUUCCAUGACAGACACUUCUUUACACGCUAAGGAUGUGGAAGAGACUGACACCAAAAUCUCUUGUAAAAGACCAACUAGAUCCUGCACUAAAGGAAAGUAUAUCAACAUUUCAGAAGAGACGGAUUUUAGCAUCUUUACAGGCAAAAGAACCAAGAAAACUAAAGACACUAAAAACCCACGAAACUGCAAAGGUCAAGGUUCAAAUACUUCUGCCUCCAGAAAGACACUGAAAGUAAAAGAUCCAGGUUCUGGGAAAAGAAGAAGAAGAAGAAAGGUACAGAAAUCCUUAUAUGGGGAGAGAGAAAUUGCUUCCAAGAAGCCUCUCUUAAGUCCAAUUCCAGAGAUUCUGGAGGUGAUCUCUUCUUCAUCAUCAUCUCCAAAAACACCACAGGCAAAUACUGUACUCUUUUCAGAUGAUCCUGAAAACAGUUGUGACCACAUAGAAUCUGUAAAUGAAGCUAUGAAACGGAGAAAAACGGUGGGAAGGCGUAGAAGGAAAAAUGUGUCUAUAACAAACAAAUGUCCAGACUCUAAAGAACUUGUUGAAGCCAGCAGCUCCUCUGACACAGAGACUCAGUCAUUAGACUGUAAUCUUUUUUCUGUUUCAAGCAAUCAUACUGAGGUGGACAGUGUGAGUGAAAACACGGAAGCAGAAAAUAAGCCGGAGUCACCCUUUAUGUUACUAGAUCAGAAAGAGAGUACUAUUUGUGAAGGUAAUUGGAUCAGUGAAGAAGGCAAUAAGUCCACCUGUGAGUGGUGUGAAUCCAGUGUUACAAGAAGGCAUGUUUUACCUGUUGUUAAAAAAUCAUAUUCUCCUUUGAAACUACCAAAUACUAAUAUUCAAGAAGGGAAACAUAUUUCUCUAUUUGGUAAACCUGAUAAUACCCAGCAAGAGGAAGAUACUGUAUGUGCACAGCCCGAGAAAGAACAAGAUGGUUUACUAGGAAAUAAAUGUGUACUGGAAAGUGAAAAUCCUUCAAAUAACUCAGAAACUCUAGCUCUUUCAGUACCUGUAAACAUCCAGGACAUGGACGUAAAGAAAGAUAUUAAAAAAAUGGAAUGUCUCACUGAAGAAUCUGGAAGACAGAUUGAUAUCAAUAAUGUUAAUUUUAAAAGGUUUCCAAAAAGAGGCAAAAGAAGCACAGUGUAUCUUCCUGGAGUUGCGAACUUGGAUUUUGAAACAACUGGAAAAAAUCUGUCUGGUUCCUCUUCCAAUAUGCAGGAAGUUUUAUCUACAUCCCAUGUAGAAAGUAACUCUGAAACGUUUAAUGAUCUACACAAGGCUAUAGAAGAGUCUUUCAGGAGGAUAAGUGAAACUUGUGAUGAAAACAGAAGUGUGAGGCGCAGUAUGAGAUUACAUAAAGAUGCUGAACAUGAGGGACUUGCCUGGAUUCAUAUACCUAAUAAACUUGACAAGACCUCUUCUCUGUCAGUUUCUGCUUGCAAAACCAGGAGGGCAUCCUCUGUAUCCAUGCUUAAAGAAUCUGAGAACGUUCACCAAAGUCAAGAAAACUGGAAUCAAUAUUCAGCACCAGGGAAGGAAAACCAUGAGUAUGUUCCUCUUGCUGGAGGUGCUCACAAAAUGAGGAGGAGGAGGAGCAUGUGUGUAUCCACUCUUCUAGAAACUAGAAAAGUAUCUCAAACCCAGAAAAAGAGAAGGGCAAGCCUUGUAAGCAGAAAUGACAAGAGCCACCAGAAGAAUUCUGAAGGAGAAAAAGCUGUAGAGAACCAGAUGACCACCUAACUGAAUAAUUACUAUCCAUUUUUUAAAGAAAAAGAGACCUGAGGAAGGCUAAAGUGGUACUCGAGAGCUCAUCUAUGUCCUUCCCAACUAUCCAGUUACUCCAGUGAAAACUGUCACUCACAGAAAUCCUUGCCUUGGUUUCUUCCUGGACCAUGAUGGCUAUGACAUCACCCCAACACUAGGAUUUAGAAAUUGGAUGUUCCUAAUUUUGAUGCCACAAUAAAGAUUUUUUUUUAAUAAGCAUUCAUUUUUCCUGUUAAUUUGCCAAACACUUUAAGGUAUGUUUUCCUUUUGCUCGGACAUGUGGGGAAAUAAAACUUCAAGGAAAAAUGGUUUGGUUGUGAGGGUACAUGUGGAAUUGUCAGGCAUGACAGACAAUCGAGACUGAAAUUUUAACUCCUUGAUGCUAGGAAUUAAAUCUCAGAGUAAGCAUGUCCCUUUUGUAGCACAAUUAGUACUUCCCACAAAGUAGUGAUUAAAUCCUGCCUAUGUUACAACAAAACAAAACAAAAAGCUGGUCAAGGAUAUAAGCAUUUUCAGUAAACUAAGAAAGAUGUGCUCCUACCUACUGUAGAAAGGAAUGCUGUAGGAAUUGGUGAUAUUCCAAGAUACAGCAACAGAGCAAAAUGUAAAACCUAUUAAAGAAGAGUACCCCUCAUGAAAUAAUGGACUGCUUGGCUCUAGAUGGAAGAUUUCUUUAAAGAACAGUACAAAGUGAACUCAGGUUUGCUUUCAGGUUUCAGGAUACUUUAUACCUUUUAAUGCUUUCUCCAACUUGGACAAAUAUUCUACACCUAAGGGAAGUAUUUUGGUAGGGUUGGUUGCUUUUUUGAAGUUUACAUUUCAGAUAUAUUUUUGUUGCCCUGGGUUUUUUUAUGAGGAAGGAAGAUAUUAAAGCUGAAUAUACUCAUGAUUGUGAACCACAGCAGUAUUUUUUGCCCUUGAAACUGUGAUUGCUGGAUAAAGAUGUGUUUUAUGGGCAGUCUUGGCACACAUACCCCACUUAUUAAGGCAUAGUCAGCAUCUGAAGUUUCCCAUUCCCCUGCUGCGUAUGGAGAAAUGCCAGCAAGUGCACAUGUGGCUCUUAGCUGUUGCAGGAAAAGAGAAACAAAGUUGAUGGGUCAAAAAUAACAAUCUUUAUUGACAAGUUAUGUUUAGGUAAGUGCGAGUGCAUAGUAAUCCAUUCUUGCUUGUGGAGCUUUUGACAGGACAGGAGUCGAGCCUAAUUCCAUAUUAUUUCUGAAGACUAGUCACACUAGGUAAAAACUGAGAUUGUCUUGACCAGUUCUUAAAGUAUACCCUUCUAGUUGUAAUUGUAUAAUUGGUAUUUCCCCUGUGUGAAUUUCUGCUUUGUAGAUCAAUUUUAUAAAUAAUUGCUUUUGAAAUCCAUGUUAAUUUUUUUCCAGAUUUCAAAAACAUCCUAACAAAUUUGAAAUCCUCUACAAAUAACAUAAUAGAAGAAAGCUCCUGCUGGGGGGCCAAUACUUCCCCUGUUCUGUAGAGACUUUGAGUUACCUUCUCGGCACCAGCAGGUCUGGAGCUCCCACUGCUAAGCGCUACGUGUAUUUCACAUUAGUAUUAGUUUCUUAGAAUUUCCAUUUUUUGAGGAAGGGUUUCUUUAAUGAGCAUGUUUUAAUCUGUACCGUAUCAAAUGGGAAUGUUUUUAAGGUUAAACCAUUUAGAAAUGGUUGUGCAAGUGCCUGACAAAAUGAAGUACCAUUUAAUUGAAUGGUGGCUAUUUUACUUUUCAAUAUAUGUAUACUUUAACAGAGUGUGUAAUAUACAGUAGCUAACACCAUCUUCCUGUUUACUUGCUUCUAGUUUUCACUGUGGAAUGCAAAAUGAUGGAUAUGGUCUACUAAAAAGACUCAGUAUUGUUUUCUUAUUUUACCUGUUCUGUUUCAACACUAGUGAAGUGAAAGGUGUCAGCUUUAAAACUGUUUCCGACUGUUGAAAACUAUCUCCGCUGUAAACUUGCCCUACCACUUUAUGUGAACUGGAAUAAAAUUUCUAUGCAUUUGAACUUA